AUUGCUAGUGUGGACAGGUUUGUUCACCAUGUAAAUUCCACGUUACACCAGCAACACGAGGAGGAGAAGUUGCAGGCAAUUGUGGAUAAAAUAGAAACUUACGAUGCUGUUGACGCGCCUAAUGAUGAAUGUCUCAAGCUGAUACAGCCAUAUAAUAGUAACUUUAACUUGACGGCCCCGAUGCCAGGUUGUGAUGCCUCCCAGACCCGAGCCCUUGUCAUGCAGUCGCCACUCAAGAUGAAAGAAUACCAAAACAGGAUGGAUGUAGAAGUGAUGUUGUUCACAGAUUUAAUGUUGAUAUGUAAGGCCAGCAAGAGGAUGGAUAAAUAUAAAAUAGUAAAACCACCAAUGAGAGUGGAUAGAAUUAUCACACAUGAACUUAAAGAUAAAGGUGUGUUUCUUCUUAUAUAUGUGAAUGAGUACCAUGUACCCGUUUCGUCUUUCACCUUCCAUGCAGAUCAGAAUGCAGUUCAAAUUUGGAUUACUCAUAUACGCAAAGCUCAGGACUUAUAUAGAGAAGCUCGUAUGGCAACGACGUCCAGUGAGAAACCAAGUUUCCCACAGUCAGAAAUUAUAACGGAGGAAGUAGUUGGAUAUACCCCUAUAGUGUAUUCUGAAAGUGACACAAAUCUUCCCCUCUUACAACUGACCCGUUGUGCUAGUGAAGAACCUGAAGGUCAAAGGUCAGAGGACAUGUCCUCACCUAUUAAUAGGUCAAGGUCAUGGAAUGAAAUGUCAGUGAAUUCAGAUGCCCCAAUGUAUAGUACGGAAGUGCAUAAACAUGUUUAUCCCGCAGGAAAUAAAAGUGCGCCCCCUGUGAAUAAGGGGUCGAGUGGAACAUUAGACAGUGAUCAAAUGUCUAAAAAUAGUAGCAAUCAUACAACAGUGCAAUAUUCGCAAUCGGACCCGACAGUGUUUAGCCAGUAUAUAGGUGAUGAUAGACUCCGUGUACCUCAUAUGUCCAUCUCUGCAGGUACAAGUGAAAGUGACAUGUCUACGUUACCGGAAUUUGUAGAUGAGAAUGUCAAAUCAAAGUUAUAUCAGCGGCGGCAGUCCCGAACGGAAAAACGCUACUACACAGCAGAUGCAAUUCAAGAGUUAAACAAAACACAAGAUCGUGAUAAUAGUAUUUAUAAACGUCUAAGUUGGAAUUUUCCAAACGGCGAAGCUGCGGGAGACCGACACGGGGUUCUCAAACACAAAACAAUGAGCUCAGACUCUGUGCGUAGUUUUCAUAGUUCAAGUGGCGUGUCCUCAACGGGUUCGCUGCAUUUGAGCCCCGAGGGUGAUAUAUGUGAAGAAGAUAGUGAUUUAGGAGAUUACGAUAAUGAUAAUGAAAUUGAAAUGGACUUACCUCAUGAUAUGAAUGAAGACAAUAUGCGAGACCUAUACGGGUCUCAUAAAUCCAAAUCCACGCCUGAUAUUGUUAGUUUGAUGCAAGAUUUGAACACGACGGACAUGAAGGAUGGAAUAUGUUCGAUAGACCUUCCGUCGUGUGACGAUCCAAAACAGAGAUUAUCACACGCACAGCUUGUACGCAUGAAGAAACAGUUGUUGCUCAGCUCAAAUGUGGAAGCAAGUGAAGUGUGAGCUGAGAUGAAAAUUUGAAAGGAGACCCAGUCCAUUGGAUAAUCCCAUGACUUUAUAGACUGUGAUACAAUUUUAGUUCAACCACUAUAUACUUACACAGAACAAUGUAGGAGAAGCAGACAACCAAAUUUUUAUAUCAAUUGAGUACCAGUCCAUUGUAUUUUUAUUUAUGGACAGUGUUGUGUCCUUCACAUUCCAUAAAUGUGCUUGCAGAAACAACAGCAGCAGCAGCAGCAGCAUUUAAAGCCUAUUGACACUAAAUGGAACCCCUGGAUUACUUGAAGGGUUCUAAGCUUAACAAAAAGUUGCUGCUCUGAAACUAAGUGCUAGACUUUAACAAACAAAAUGCCAAGAUGUUUGGCCUUGAAUUUCAUGUGUAAUUAUUUCAUGUGAACAUUGAAAAAGAGAAAGUCUAUUGUUACAAACCUAUGCAGAAAUUUUUGGAGACAAUAUAACUUCUCAUAUUUCUUCAGAAAAUGAAUAAAGUGAUUUUUUUUUGCAUAUAGGGCCUUUAAUGUAAACACUCAGGAUUGUGUAGAAAACAAUAUGGCGAUUUUCAAAAUUAAAGGCAUGUUCAUUCUUUUAACCAAAAUCUGUUAUGUUAAUAUUUGGUUUUAUGUGUAGGCAAACUAUAUAUUUAUAAGAAUAUAAGGCUAACAACUUUUAUAUUAAAAGAGAACAUUAACAAAACUGACAAAAGGUACUAGACCAAAAUAAUGCUCUGACAUCAUAAAAUCUACUUGUUAUUGAAAUGUAGUAAGAAGUUAUUUAUGUAUUUACAAAUUGUUUGAAGUGACAUGUUAUUUGAAGUAAAAGACAUAUUAUUUAAAAUAACAGACAAAUUAUUUGAACCAACAUACAUUUUAUUUGAACCAACAUGCAAAUUAUUUGAAGUAAUUGAAGUAACAGACAUACUGUUUUAAGUAACAGACAAAUUAACUGAAGUUACAGACAAUCUUUACUAUCUUGAGCUUUCUGUAAAAAACUAAAAACCUAAAUAUUGAUAAGGAACUAUGAUUUUUUUAUUCUAAGGAAUCAAAAAGUAGAUUGAAAUUGAAAUCUUUUUCAGAAAUUGAAAGAAAUCUUUUUCAGUAGAUGCGUCUGUUUGUAUUGAAUCCUUUCUUUUUUUAAUGAAUCUCAAAUAAACAGCUGUCAUAGAUUUGGUCUGAAACUUAAUUUUAUUUCAAAGUCUAGCAUGUUGAAUGGAGAUGAAAAAUGCCUUCAGUUUUUUUAGGGGCAGGAGACGGUAGUAAUAGAAUGC